ACGGACUCGGACCGAAAUAAAAGGAAGAUGCGCCCGUCCAGAGCGGACACCGACCCAGAGCCCAAAGGUUGCCGAGGAGAGUCAGCCAGAAGCGCAAGGAGAUGGAGAGAUACACCAAGGCAGAGACCCUGGAGCUGCGGAGGAAGCAUAUCGGGCCCUCAUGCAAGGUGUUCUUUGCUAAGGAUCCCAUCAAGAUUGUACAGGCUCAAGGGCAGUAUAUGUUUGAUGAGAAUGGAGAAAAAUACUUGGACUGCAUCAAUAAUGUAGCACAUGUUGGGCACUGCCAUCCAGACGUGAUCAAAGCUGCAGUGAAACAGAUGGAACUUCUCAAUACCAAUUCCCGUUUCCUCCAUGACAAUCUGGUCCAAUAUGCCCAACGCCUCACAGCUACACUUCCAGAACAGCUAUCUGUUUGCUAUUUUGUAAACUCUGGAUCCGAAGCAAAUGAUCUUGCUUUACGUCUAGCUCGCCAAUACAGCGGUCAUCAAGAUGUGAUUACCCUUGAUCAUGCUUAUCACGGCCACGUUACUUCCUUGAUUGACAUCAGCCCAUAUAAAUUUAAUCAGUUGGGGAAAGAUGGCAAAAAGGAAUUUGUCCAUGUGGCGCCUUCUCCAGAUAUAUACAGAGGAAAGUACAGAGAAGACCACCCAGAUCCAGCAAGUGCUUAUGCUGAUGAUGUCAGAAAAAUUAUUGAAGAAGCUGAGAAGAAUGGCCGAAAGAUCGCUGCCUUUAUUGCUGAGUCCAUGCAGAGUUGCGGAGGCCAAGUAAUUCCACCUGCAGGCUAUUUCCAGAAAGUGGCAGAAUCUGUCCAUAAAGCAGGUGGUGUUUUCAUAGCUGAUGAAGUCCAGGUUGGUUUUGGACGAGUUGGAAAAUGUUUCUGGGGAUUCCAGCUACAAGGUGAAGACUUUGUGCCUGACAUUGUCACUAUGGGAAAGCCAAUUGGAAAUGGCCAUCCAAUGUCUUGUGUAGUUACAACAAGAGAGAUUGCUGAAGCCUUUGGAGCCUCUGGAUUGGAGUACUUUAAUACUUUUGGUGGCAAUCCAGUAUCCUGUGCAAUUGGCCUAGCUGUCUUGGAUGUAAUAGAGAAAGAAGAUCUCCAAGGGAAUGCCACACGUGUUGGGAACUAUCUCAAUCAACUGCUGAAGGAACAAAAACAAAAACAUCCAUUGGUGGGAGAUGUCAGAGGUGUUGGCUUGUUUGUUGGCGUAGAUCUUGUGAAGGAUCAACAAAAAAGAACACCUGCAACUGCAGAAGCCCAGCAUAUAAUCUACAAACUAAAAGAACAGAAAAUUCUUCUGAGUGCAGAUGGUCCUUACAGAAACAUAUUGAAGUUCAAGCCACCCAUGUGUUUCAGUAUGGAAGAUGCAAAGUCUGUGGUCAUUCAAAUUGAUAAGCUUCUCACUGAUUUAGAAGAAGCAACUAUACACAAACCUAGAACUGGAUUAUCUACAAGUACACAAUGCAAGCGAAAAGUACCUGCUGAAGAGAGUUCAAACUCAGAAUGUAUCACUGAAAACAUCAGCCACAUGAACAGGAAUGCCUGCAGACAAGAAAAUGUUUUUUCCACGGAAAGCCAAACAGUCUCUUGCAAAAGGAUCAGGACAUAAAUUAAAGACUUACAAAAAGAAAAAGAAAAAAAGAACAAUAGCGUAUGUUUGGGUGUUGUUUAAAAACGAAUGGAUGUAUCCGACUGCUGUACAUGAGAUUAGCUUGGUUAUACUGUCUGAGGGAGAAAUGAAUGUCCAUUUGCUUUCAAGUGACAUAUGAACUAUAUUCUAGCAUAAAACUAGCAUAGUUGCCUUUGUUUAAAAUGUCUAACAUAGGAUUUGACUGAACCGUCUUCUUCUAUUUGAGAUUUUAGUGUUCAUUGUCAAGAUAAUAAUAUUCCAUGUUUUAAUGGAUUAUGUACUACACUGUGCAGCAUUCUGGUGGGGCCAUUCAUGUCAGUGCUGAUAUUUUACAAAAUGUACAAUUAGCAUUUUAUUUCUAGAAAGCCCACAUCAGCUAUUUUAAUAAGGGAGAGAAAUAAAACUAGCCUAAACGCCUUUGACUUGUUGAAGAGAUUUCAUUUUCUUGUUCUCUACGGCAUACAUGCCACCUGUUUACUAAUGAGAUCUCUUCCUCCAGCCUCAGAUAUGUGCAGGGAAGUGAUCUAGUUCUUUUUAUAUUCCAUGUUGAAGAUGUUAUUAUUGACUGUAUUGUCUGACUAGAUUGUAUUGUGGCUUUUUUUUUCCAUGUCAAGAGCGACUUGAGAAACUGCAAGUCGCUUCUGGUGUGAGAGAAUUGGCCGCCUGCAAGGACGUUACCCAGGGGAUGCCCAGAUGUUUUUUUGUUCUACCAUCCUUGUGGGAGGCUUCUCUCAUGUCCCCGCAGGGGGAGCUGGAGCUGACAGAGGGAGCUCAUCCGCACUCUUCCCAGAUUCAAACUCUUGGCCUGUUAGUCUUCAGUCCUGCCAGCACAAGGGUUUAACCCAUUGCACCACGGGGGGCUCCAUAUUAUGGCUGAAAAUCUGAAAGUACAAUCGUUUAGAUACAUCAGCUCGAAUACAAUUGAUGACAGAUGUGAGUGUGACCUAGGGUUAUGUGCACAUAUAUCUUUUUAAUUUUGCAACGUAAGGAGGUAUCCAAUGCCCCUUUGCAUGGUGUUCUCUCUGCAAGCCUGAUUCAAAGGGGAAAUAUUCUGCCCAGGGGAGAACACAACAUCCAACUGCAACCAAGAGAGAAGACAAGACAAAACAAUGCCUUCCUAGAGUUUCACCGUACUCACUGGAUGUCCCAGAGCACAACAGCUAUUUUUUCUCCCUCUCAGCUUCUAGGUGUUGCCAAAUUCUUCCUGGGCACCCUGCACCCUCCUCAGGCACUAAAUGGCUUUUGGGACACAGGUUAGCCACUAGAAAGAUGGUGCAGCAUGGGCAGUGAAACACACUUACGCAGAGGAAAGGGUUAUGCUGGGUCUAUGUAGAUGUAAGAUCUUGAAAUAUGUCUUCUAAUUCCAUAUAUCAGUUGUGCCGUUAAUGUUAUCAGCAUUCUUUAUGAACUCUUGAUAGAAAGCUCAUUUGCUCUAUAUCAGCCACGCCCAUUGUUUAUUCCAAAGAAUAAAGCUAUUUUGACCU